AUGAGCGCAUUCACAUUCGCAUGGCUUAUUCUGGAUCAAAGUGAUCUGCUUGUUCGCCAUGAGCGGCUCACGCAUCGCAAGGGCCAAGACAACCAGCAGAAUCAUGUCCAAUCCCCUGCUGAGAGCGUCUACACACCUGCAGAGACGCGCCCCAACAAACGACUUCGGUCGAGCAUCGAUGCUGGUCGUCCAGUUCCAGAAAUAUCCAGCAUGAUGGCUUCGCCAGCUGUUGUGGAUGUGCAGUCGUCCAUGCACCAGCCUUCGAGAUCGCACGCGUCCAUGACGUUUGGCCUACAUAGCGGGUACUCUCUGACCGCGCUAUCAAUGGCUGCCGAGUACCAGGCACUCCAUGGCAAUAUGGUGGACCGAGCUGCUCACGCAAUGCCGACACCUCUGCCUUCCCAACCUGAGACGAUUGCUACGACAGUAGAAACCCAACAUACAAUUGUCCCGACGGAACAUGCCAAUAGCUUCUAUGGAUCUACAAUAUCAAAUUCGCUAGACAGUCUUGCUGUGUUCCUAGAUAGUGAGCCGCUGGACUCGUACCACUUUUCGUCACUGAUCAACACUGAACAGCCCAUACCAUUCUUCUCACCCGACUCGCUUGGCUAUGACCAGCAAUUGAUAUCUGAUCCUAGCAGAACCACAGCGCCAAUGACUGGUUGGCGACAGGUUCACUCUGAUGAGCCUCCUUCGCUCUCGCGCUUUGGGUCACGAUUUCCAUCCCUGCAACCAGAAGAGCCUGUAAUACCAGAGCCAUCCACACGCAACAGGCCAAUUUCCGAAAUAUCACAUGGAGAUCGGCAAAGAAUUCUCAAGAUGCUUACUGAGUUCUGCUCUGUCAUACCUACCGACUUUGUCCUCCCAACUCGGUUAGCCUUAUGCAGGUAUAUUGCAGCUUAUAUCAACGGCUUCCACGAACACAUGCCAUUGCUCCAUAUAUCAACCAUUUCUGUGGAUACUUGUUCGGUUGAGCUGCUGUUGGCACUAGCUGCAGUUGGAACGCAGUAUACGUUCGAAGGCGAAAAGGGGGUAGAGCUGUUUAACAUCAGCAAGGCAAUUGCGACAGAGCGAAUCAGGAGGCGCGACGCACGCCUAGUGAAGCUUCAGUACCAUUCGCCGUCAAGCUGUACAUCGCCAAACAAUUACGAGAAUGAGUCUUGUUCGCGAAGUCCUCAGCACAAGGGUUCUACCACUGGUCCGCUCGGCCUACCAUCAGAUGACAUGACUGUUCCAGGAGAGGAUCUCAUGCAGACCGCCCAGGCCCUCUUCCUGCUGAUGGCUUUAUCUACUUGGGCCAAGCAUAAAGAAAUUCUAAGAGAAGCGCUCGCCAUCCAGAGUAUCUUGGCAACACUCAUCCGAGAUGACGGGCUCGAGAUUGAACCGCUCCACAGCGACAUAUCUUGGGCAGACUGGAUCCGCCGAGAAACUGUCAAGCGAACAAAGUUUAUCGUCUACGGCUUUUCUAAUCUACACUGCAUCGUCUACAACAUUCCACCAUUUAUGCUAACAAGCGAAGUUAAGCUUACGUUGCCCUGCAACGAAGCCGAGUUCAGAGCAUCAACCGAAGCCUCGUGGCGAGAAGCCCGAAAGAAAGAAAUCCCAGAAGUGCUAUUCCAAGAUGCCUUAAAGCGGCUAUUCACCAAGCAAGGCCGGGGCGUCACAGAAGUCAACUCGUCCUUAGGAAACUACGCCCUGAUCCACGCCCUGAUCCAACACAUCUUCUUCCUCCGCCAAGUAGCCCGCUGCCGCUUCGAAGGCCCCGGCGACCUCAGCACCGAAGACGUAGCGUCCCUCGAAAACGCCCUACGAAACUGGCAAAUCGGCUGGCGCAAAAACCCCGAAUCCUCUCUCGAUCCCAUGAACCACAACGGCCCUGUAGCUUUCAAUUCGACCGCCCUCCUCCGCCUCGCCUACAUCCGCCUCUACGUCGACACCGCAGGCCGCGCCCUCGAAACACGAGACCCAGUGCUAAUCGCCAACGCCUUCCGCGCCGGCCCAGCAAUCCGUCGGUCCCCGAAAAUUACAAGAGCAGUCUUGCAUUCCGCCCAAGCCCUCUCCAUCCCUAUCAAAAUCGGCUACCGUCUCGUUGCCAAAACCCAAUCUUUCAUCUGGAGCAUCCAGCACUCACUGUGUACGCUUGAAUGCGCAUAUCUAAUGAGUAAAUGGUUUGAAGCCCUUGCAACGCCCAACCCGGAUCCGCCCUUGACUGAAGACGAGAACAAAAUCGUGGCGAUUGUGAAGAGUAUGCUUGAUGAAACGGAGUUUGCGCUGCAGCUAGAUGUCCCGGCUGAUUCGCCGCAUUUCAUGCGCCAGCUUAGUGCAGCGGUGCUGAGGGUGUGGGCUAUGAUUUUUAGAGGGUCCGAAACGUGGGCGAUUGUGGACGUGAUUGGGAGUGCGUUGAAUCUUUAUGCUGAUAUGUUGGAAUCGGGGUGA